GCAGGAGCCCUUAACCCCCCUCGAGCCCGCCCACCUUCCCGGAUUCGCUUUCCCGCCAAACCCCAAUUGCCUGCCAGCUUAUCAAACGCCCGCUCCCCACACUAUCUUUCUUGUUUGCGUAAUUCUUCACUCUACUUCUUCCUUGUAAUGCCCUCGCGACCCUGAUCCGCCUCCACCGUCGACAAACCACCCCGAGAUCCCCCUUCAAGCCGGCCGGAUGCCUUACACUCCGCCUUCCCAGCGGUCGCCUGCCUCCUCCAAGACCAACAGCCCUAUCCUCAGCCGUUCCCAUUCAUACAGCGAGGCGACCGGUGUCAGCUCACCUACCAGCGCGGCUCACCGCUCCGUGCUCCCCCAUUCGGUCUCGUCGACGGCCUACCUGAGCAAGCACCGUCGCACCCCAUCCAUCUCCGACUCUCCUACCCAAGGCCAGAAUGGGGCCAACGGCCAGGUGACCGCCGCCAACGGUAGACCACACCACCCGAACCCCCCGACCAAGUUGUUGAUCCCAGUAGGCGCCGAUGCUACUCCUCCUGACUCGGUCCAGAACUCGGAUGAUGAGGACCGGGGAAGAAGGCAUGAGGGCAAGUUUGCCGAACUUGCACAGGCCCUGCAAUCCAUCGAAGUAAAGCGUGGACAUUCACCGGAACGCCAUGCUAAUGGCACUGCUUCAGCCCCUCCUGAGCCCGAGCCCCAGCACAAGCCUCUUCGCCCUGCUCUCACCCCAGAGGCUCGUAAGAUUUCGCACUCACGCUCGACCAGCGACGUCGCCCUGUCCAGCCACGUCAAGGAUCUUACCGUGUCCCCCAUGCAGACGUCCGAGUCCAGCGAGGACGACGACGACGAUGGCCUCUCGUUCAAGCCGGCCCUGGUCCGCAAGAAGUCCGGCGAGCUUGUCAAGCCGGCGUUGAGGCCGACUUCCCGCAACCGCCGUCGUCCUUCUAGCAUGCCAGGCACUCCGUCGUUCUCCAAGGCCGUCCACUUCAACGACGACAUCGAGCAGGUCCGCCAUUUCCUCCAAGUGGAUCGUCCCAUCGCCGUCAGCGCCGGGUCGUCGCCGGUCGAGACCCAUGACAGCGAGCACGAGUAUCCGUUUAGCCAAGACGAUCAUUACAGCUCGCGUCGUGUCGAGUGGGAGCUUCGUCUGUCCAACUUCCCUCGGGAGACGUUUGAGAGGAAGGCCUUGCCGGUGCAUGUCGAGAAGUUGUCGUUGUCGCCGGACCAGAGAAGCCUGGUUGGGUCCGUCGCUGUCGCGAACCUUGCCUUCCACAAGUCGGUCGUCGCUCGGUUCACGCUGGAUUACUGGAAGACGACGUCCGAAGUUGCUGCUGAGUUCAACGACGAUGUGCGGAAGAAGCAGAUGGCAGAUGGCAAAGACCACUUUACCUUUAACAUCAAGCUGGCCGACCAGGCCCAUCUUGAAACCAAGACAUUGCUGCUCUGCGUCCGCUACAACGUCAACGGCCAAGAGUUCUGGGACAACAACAACGCGAUGAACUUCCAGGUUGACUUUAUCAAGAAGAUGCAGCCCAAGGUCUCGAGGAGCGGCAGACCCCAUGGGGCUCGCGCUGGUUCGCUUGGAUCGAUACCACGUAGCCGCCACUCCCCGCCUGCCAACAAAUCUCGCACCUUGGGACCUUCCUUUGACGACGACUUCGACCACAGCUUCGGGACCCAGUAUGAGUUUGGUGGUCGCGGCUCGUCCUUCAACGACUCGACCGGCCCUGCCCUUCGACUCAAGAGCAAGAGCAAGCCGAAGACGAACCUGUUCCCCGACCAGCCUAACCGCAACAGUUCGCCAACUGCUCAGGCAUUCUCUACUCGCUACGACUUUGGCGCUUCUCUUACUGCCGCCUUGUCUACUGCUCAGAAUGCUCUGGGUGACCGUAGCGGCAUCAAGAAGCAGACCCCCAAGUCCAAGUCUGACUACUUCAGCCUUCAAGGAGAGGCGCCCUCUGCCCCUAAGCUCAACGCCCCACGCCCCGAUGAGAUCUCCUCGGUAAAGCCUGAUCUGAAGUCGGCAGAGUACAACGAGUUGAUCCAGAAAUAUUGCUUCUUUGGAUCUGGAAGAGGCUCACCGCAGGUAUCCAGCCCGAAGCCUACUGCGACCGACGGAACUCGCGAAAUCGAUUCCGAUGGCAGCGCAGUCAGUCCUACUGAUACCGGCUCGGGCAGCCCCUCUCCCUCAAAGGAAGGCCCUCCGGCUGUCGAUGGUGCCAACGACCCCAAGACACAGCCACGCAGCCAGAGCCCUUUCUUGUCUAGGUCGACAUCGCCGGCACCCGUAACAGGAUCCGACUUCGGCGACCGUACGACGUCCCCCGUGUCGUUUGGUUAUCCCUUCAACAACAACAUGCACGGCGGCAUCUUUCCCGAGAAUCACGCCCUCAAGGCGAUAAUCGGGUAG